AUGACUAUUUUGCAAAUUGAUUUGACAAAUUUUGAGUAUACAAAUAAAGAACAAAAAAGUGUUAUACUUUCUAAUACUCUACUGGAAAUUUCAGAAAAACUAGAGAAUCUAGAAUUAAAGCAAUUAAACGAAAAACAAGAAGAAAUACUCCAAAUACUUUGUCAAAUUAUAAAGCCAGAAAUCUUAGUACCUUCAAGAAUAAUACGAAAUCAUUUAGGUCAUUGUUUUGAAAUAAUUUUUUCAAGAGGAAAUUGUGUUACAUUAUUUGAUACUUUUAAUAGCCUUCUUAAAAACAUUUUACUACCAGAACCAAAAAGCAACAAUUUACAUAUUAAAUGGACAAUAUUGGUUAUUAUUAAGCAUAUUUAUUUAGCAUCUGGAAAUAAAUUAUCAAUUCAUCUCAAUGAUACUAUAAACGUAAUAUUUAAAAUAUUUAAAAUUUCAAAUAACAUUUGUGAGCUCCGUGCAUCUUGUUUUGAAACAUUGUCAGAAGUAUUAACUUCCUAUGACGGUGUCGUAAAUGAAACUAAUACUAAAAAAAUAUUUAAAUUCAUAAAAUCAAGCUUAUCAGACAAAACAGACAUAGUGAAAUUAAAAGCGUUAAUAUGUUUUAAGAAUCUUAUUAAAAUUUGUAUAUCGGUUUCAGGUUACACAGAUAUUAAUACUGUUAAAACUAUAGCUAUUAAAUUUAUCGAUAAACCUAACUUUUCUAUCCAUGAUCAAGCAGCAAAAACUAUAGCUAUAGCACUAAUAUCAAAUUCCAAAUUAGCUACUAAGAACGUUAAUUUACCUAAAGAAAAUAAAGAAACACAAUCAAAUAAUAUUAUAAAAAAUGACAUAUUACCUGCAGCAUUCAAGAAAUACACAUAUUAUGAUUCAGAUAUAGAAAAAUCAUUACCAUUUACUCUAAAACAUAUAUCAGAUAUAUAUGCUAAACAUAUAACAAAUCCUUACAUAGAAAGAUUUAUUGUAAAUAUAUACUCAAAAUUUUUAGAACAUUACGAAAAAGAUUGGAUCAUAAAUCAUUAUAGAUUUAUUAUUAAAAAUCAUAUUUAUGAUAUUGCCUCUAUGAUUAAUAAUAUCAAAGAUAAACAAAAAAUUUCAGUAACUAGGAAUAUUAUUUGUCAUCUUUUAGAUAUCAUGAAGAAAAAAUUAGAUGAAGCUUCACAAUUUAAAGUCUUAAAAAUACUAAAUAAUGAGUAUUUAAGCAUAUGGCUUCACAAAGCAGAUCUUACUCAAGCAAAAAAAGUAAUGCUCACAAGUAUAUUAUAUGAAUUAUCGAAAUUUAUUCUAACACUUAACUAUACUACUAGUAUUAUUCGUGAAUCAUUAAGAAACAAUCUUUUAUUUACAUUGAACUGCACAAGUUUGACAAUACAAAAUUAUGCAAGCUGGUGUAUUAAGUGUUUUGCAGUUUCUAUUCCAAAUGAUAUGACGUAUUUAACAAAUUUUUGCUUAAAAUAUGUAAAAGAAUUCAUAUCUACGGAUAUUAAUAGUAUUGACUCUCUUUCAAAAUUACGUAUACGAGGACAUGCACUGGCUCUUUCAAGAUUAAUUAGUCUCGGAAAACAAAAAUCCUUAUAUAUUUCUUCUAAUAUUUUAUCCGAAAUAUUUUCUGUAUCUUAUUCUAUUUUAAAACUAACAAUAAAUAACACAAUACAUGCUACAAUAAUACCUAUACAAGUAGCAUGGACAUUAAUUAGUUCAUUAAUGAAACUUGGAUCAUCUUUUGUUAGAAACUUUAUCUCUCAGUUAUUUAUAUUAUGGGAAAAUACACUUCUAAAACCAUCUAUAAGCAAUCUUUCUACUGAAAUAAAUCACACAGAAACUUUAUUUUUAUUAUACACUCGAGAAUAUGCUCUAGGAUCUAUAUUUUCAUUUUUACUACAUAAUAAAGAAUUAUUAACAACAGAUGUCUUAAGAAAAAUCAGUAUCAUGAUAAGUGAAACUAAUACUAUUCUUGUUUUUUUGGAAAAAAAACAAAAAAAUAACACAUUUUUGGACAAGUAUGUACAUUUGUCUCAAGAGAUUCUAGAAACUAUGGUUGAAAAAAGAAUACUUCAAUGUUAUCUAUUAAUCAUAUGGAAAAAUCCAACAGAUACUACACAAGGUGAGCUCAUAUCUCGUUUAAUUACUAAUUUUGCAAACCCAUGCAUUUCUACUAUUAAAAAUAUGCCAAACUACCAAUUUUAUUAUUACUUUCAAUCUAAUCAGAACAUUAAUGAAAUAUCGAGUUUUAUUAAUUUGCAAGAAUUUUCUGAACAUCAAGAAAUAUAUGAAGCAACUAAUAACAAUAUAUUACAAAACUAUAUAUAUGUUCCAAAAGAGUAUAGUCUUAUUAAUGCAAAUAUUUCUAAUUCAGAUUUUCAAGAAAAUAAUCCAUUACAAAUUCAUAAUAUUUUUUGUUCUUUUGAUGAAAUUCCAUCAAAUAAACUAUCCAUUCAUAUAGAAAUCAUUGACCUAUCAAUCCUACUAUUUGGUGCAGUCUUUUUGAACCAGUCAAACAAAAUUAAAGAGAGUAUACUUGAACAGUUAAUUACAUUUAUUACGUUUUCAUCAUCCACUAAACCUUUUCAACAAAAUAAUGCAAUAAUCUGUAACUCAAAUUUAGCAAUUCUUGGAAUUCUUCGUUUUAUAGAGAAUCAAAUAAAUCAAAUAAACAAUUUAAAAAAUACAAAAACAAUAAACUUAAUGGAACAAAUAGCAAAAUAUGGAAUAAAUUCUUACAAUCCAGCCAUCCGGAGAAUUUCCUGUGAAGUUAUUGGAAGAUUAACAGGUCUAAGAAAAAAACAACUUAUACCUUCCUUUAUAGAGUUUUAUCUAAAGCAAAUUAUUGAAAUAGGUGAUCCAGAUAUCCGUUCUGGUAAUGCUCUUUGUUUAGGUAGAAUAUUAAAUCAUUAUGGAAGAAUCACAUCCAGUUCAUACAUUAGUCAAAUAUUAGGUAUUCUGCUAUCUUUAAGCAUAGAUCAUCAUCCUAUAGUUUGCUUCUGGGCACUCGAAAGUAUAACUAUAGGUAUCCAGUCUUUUGGACCUAACAUGUCUUUAUAUUGUUUAAAUAUAUUGAAUAUUAUUUCAAAAAUCUAUAACGAAAUAGAUUAUAAUAUUAACAAUAUAUUAACACCUUCUAAUUUAUCAUUAAAAUUUCCAAUAUUAAGCAAAUUAGCAAAGUGCUUAAAUGCAAUCGUAAAUAUAUUCGGUCCAGAUCUUGAAAAAAAUACGGAAGCAAAAAAACUAGUAUCCAUAUUAAUAAAAGGACUUCUUUUAGAAAAAGAUAAAAAAGUAUUAGCUACAGCUAUAUAUUGUACACAACAUAUUUUGCUAUUUUCAUCUGAUUUAUUAAAUCCAUAUUUUUUAAUAAAACUCCUUCAAAAAAAUAUGAUGUCAAAACAUAAAAAUCUGGCUAGAGCAUCCAUUAAAUCACUUCAUCAACUUAUACAACAUGAUAUAUUAAAUGUUUUUAAAUGGGAACAAAAUAAUUUAGAUACAUACAUAUGGCUAGCCUAUGACUUAAAUCCAGAAUGCCAAGAUCUUAAAAAUAUCAUUGAAAUAUGGUUACAUCAUACAUCAGAUUCUCAACAAAAUUAUUGGAUUCAACUUUGUCUAAAAACUUUCGAAAAAAAGUCAUCUAAUAAAAUACAAAAAGUUAACAAAAAUAUCUAUAUAAAUUCGAAAGAUGAAGAAUUUUCUAGCUUUGCAGUAAACAAAAGUCAAGCAAAUCAUAAUUUUAACAACGUUCAAAAAAAACUAGGAAAUUUACGUUGGCAAACACAAAAAUUAAUUCUUCAAUGUAUCAAUAAUUUAUUAUCACAUACAGAAUCAUUUUUUGAAGAAUAUCCGGACUCUCAGAUACCUCCAAAAAUUUCAAUUUUAUCUUCUAAUAUUUCAAAUUUAAUUAAAAUAGGAUUUAUGGCAUCUACUUCAAAAAAUUACAAUAUCCGUCUUGAAGGUUUAAAAAUUAUACAAAAAAUUAUAAAGAUAUUCUCUCCUUUGAAAGAUCCAUAUUUUCCUACAUCAUCUUUACUUGAACAAUACGAAGCACAAAUUAUUUCUGCUAUUAUUCCAUCAUUUUCAAAUGACUCAGUUCCAGAGAUUGCAGCAUUAGCAAUACAUAUUUGCUCAUAUUUUUUAACAAGCGGGAUACUAAAAGAGAUUCCAAAAACAGGAAGAAUUAUAAAAUUACUUACAUCAGCACUUCUAAGUUUAAAAAAUUCGGAAAAUGCAGUUUCAAUUGGAGAUUUAAAAUGUUCGAAUAACAAUUUCCAAAUUAUGCUUAAACUAUCUAUCAUUUCAAGCUGGGCUGAACUUCAAAUUGCUAGUCAAACUAAAAAUUGUUUAAAUUCUAUAAUUAAACCGAAUUUAAUGCUUCUAUCCUUUUUAUGGAUUACCUCAUUAAAAGACUACGCUAAAUUCUGUUUUGAAGCUCAUGAAUUAUCCAAUGAUUUAGCUUAUUUAGCUUCAAAAUCAACAGAUUUUAACAAAAUAUUCCUAGAUAUGAAUAACAAUGAAUUAUUUGAGAUUUGCAACAAAUUUAAAAUAAAUGUAAUUUAUGCUAUUGCAAUUCUUUCAGAAUCAAAUGAAGAUAUAAUUUUUAAAACAAUAGACCAAUAUAAUUUGGAUAACUUAAAUAUUAUAGAAUUAAACAAAAUAGCUAACCAUAAGGAAAAAAUCUCUACGCUAUUUUUUUUACUUUUCGGAUUAUGUUUCGAGGCAUUAUUACAUCCUAUUUCUAAUAAAAAAGCUAUAAAUACAAACAAACAAAAACUUUAUAUACUUUUUGCUUUUGAAAAAAUACUAAAUAUAUCUUUACAUAAUGAAAUUAUAUAUUAUAGUCCUAUUUUUUCAGAGCUAAUAACAUUAUUUAAAAAAAUGUUGUUAAUAGAACGUCCAAUUAUUCAAAUUUUAAUAGUAAGAAUUACAACAAAUUUAAUAAAUAACUUUCCUCUAGAAAACUUAGAACUUUUAAAAAGAAACGAAAAUUACGAAAAUAAUUUUAGAAGUCAACAAAAAGAUAUAUUAAAAUAUUCAGAACAAUUGUUUGAACUUUCAGAAAUUAUAAUACUUCCAUUUAUUAUAUAUUUCAAAAAUCUUAACAAUAGUAUACAUAAUGAUUUAAAAAGUCAUGAUGAAAGUAUGUCAAAAUUAUUAAUAUACUCAUUAGAAUCAUAUAUAAAAGUUAUAAAAAAAUUCCCUCAUAUGAUACAAUGUAGCCUUCAUGAUUGCGCUUUUUUUAUAAUAUUAAAACUAUAUUAUAAUAAAAACUCGUAUAAUUUAAUUCCUAAGGUUCUCCCAUUAGUCAGAAUUCUUUGUGAAGAUAUAUUAGCUAUAUCUAAGACUAGUCAAAAAAAUUAUGAAAUUUCACAGAAUUUGAUAGAAAACAUUAUAGAACAAAUAAUAGAAAUAAUACAAAAAUCAUCAUCAGCGUGGAAUUAUGGAUUACUUUUAAUCACAAUAAUUAUAACAAUUACUGGACAAAUUCUUUCUCCAAAAAGCAAAUCAACUCAAAAAUAUUGCAGCUUAUUUAUAAAAUCGCCAGAUGAGGAUAAAGCAAAAAUGCUUAUUUACUGUAUGAAAUCACUUUUAAAAUCAUCAUUUUAUAAUAUACAACGGUACAUUUUUCAAUCUAUACUAUUUGCAUCUUUCAAUAUUAUCAAAAAAGCUCAUUUAAGUUCUGGAAAAUCACUUACUUUUGAUAUGGGAACAAAUGCUUGUGAUAUUAUAAUUGAUCUUAUUAAAAGUAUAACAGAAAAUAAUCAACAAUAUAUAGCUAUAAUAAUCAUUAUACCAAUAUUAAUUCGUUUUGCAUCAAUCAAGGAACUAGAAUCAAAACAUAAAAAAGAAAUUUCUUUUAAAUUAUUAUCUAUAAUGGCAUAUUACAGUGAAAGUGUCCAUCAGAUUCUACAAAUGAUACCCAAAAAAGAUUCUGAUAUGCUAAAAAAAUUGUUUAAAUCUACAGCAUAUUCUAAUGUGUCAAUUAGUCUUGAACAUAAACCAAAGAUUUCUUUAAAAAAAAAAUUUAUAAAUUAA